CAGAACGUGACAUACAGUUUUACAGCGUGUGGAUCGAGCCUCAAUUCGCGGAUCGCGAGGGAUUUCUACCCGAGAUUAGAAUGACGCGAUAACAUUCUGUUACUCCGCGGAACUUUACGUGAUUCUCCUGAGAUAAUGCGUUGUGAGAUACACGAAAAUCGGUAGGAGUCCAUCCCAGCCGAUCCGGCUAGGCAACAAAAAUAAGUAUGUCGACAAUGGAGGGCUCACUCAGCAAGUGGACAAACGUCGUUAAUGGGUGGCAGUAUCGAUGGUUUGUUUUGGAUGACAAUGCGGGUCUUCUGUCAUACUACACGAGCAAAGAGAAGAUGAUGCGUGGCGCACGUCGCGGUUGCGUGCGACUGCGAGGUGCUAUUAUUGGCAUCGAUGACGAGGACGACAGCACGUUCACUAUAACGACGAACUCCUGCAAAGAUGAUCCAAAAACGUUUCAUUUUCAAACGCGCAACGGCGAGGAAAGAGAACGCUGGGUUCGUGCGCUGGAAGAUACGAUACUCCGUCACUCUCAUACAAGAUGGGACCCUAAAAAGUCUCCACCUAAGCAAGACUUCGAUCGCAAGGUAGCUGAGGCCGACGUUUACCUUCAACUUCUGAUCGAGCAGAUCAAACUGAUUGAAGAUAAAAAGAAUGCUGCCGAAGAUGAGGAAAAACAGAACAAGUAUUCUGCCGUUCUGUUACAAGCCAACGCCAUGCUUAAUUCCAUUAAACAUACCAUUGUCCAAUUACAAAUUGCAAAGAACACUGCGAUACCUGUUAAUGGAGUGUACAGAGGACCAUCAAAUUCUAUACAUGUUACACCCACACUUCCUCAUGUUGCAGCUGGAGCACCAGAAGCGACAGUGCAAACUGGCAUCGAAUUAGGCUCCGAGUGUAUGGAACCGAGAGUACCUACAUUACCGACCGUUGUAGAUAGAGAUUUACCAGUGCCGCAGUUUUCGUACUCGUCUUCCGACGAGGACGACGAUUACUUUGAUGCCGCGGACGAGAUACCAACUCUAACAGUUCAGAAUCAUAUUAUGCUAUAUUCUGAUAACGAGCGAUUACAUUCAUCAAUGGAAAGUGCCACGGGAGAUAAACGCAAAGGACCGCCACUGCCGCCUAUCAAAGGCGAUGGAUCAUUAGAUUACGAUGCUCUUUACGAAGAAGAAAGCGAAACAGAAAUGGAUUCCAUGGAGAGUCAUGGUUCGGUCGUGUCUCAUCUUCUGUCCCAAGUGAAGAUUGGGAUGGACUUGACGAGGGUUGUCUUACCAACAUUUAUCUUAGAACGCAGGUCACUUCUUGAAAUGUAUGCAGAUUACUUUGCACAUCCCGAUCAAUUUGUAAGCAUUGCAGAUAUGCCUACACCUCGAGAGAGAAUGGUGCAAGUAAUUCGUUGGUACUUGUGCAGUUUUCACGCUGGGCGUAAAUCUGGUGUGGCUAAGAAGCCAUAUAAUCCUGUAUUAGGUGAAAUUUUUCGGUGUCAUUGGAACAUACCCAACGCUACUUUUUCUGAUAACGCUGCAGAUUCUAGUAGUAGACUCGUAGCGGAUGGUCCUGUACCCUGGUGCAAAGAAAAUCAACUUUCUUUCGUAGCUGAACAAGUCUCUCACCAUCCGCCAGUUAGUGCAUUUUACGCCGAGCAUGUCGGAAAAAAGAUUAGUUUUGGAGCUCACGUUUGGACGAAAAGCAAGUUCUUGGGUUUAAGUAUAGGAGUACACAAUGUGGGAAAGGGUUGGGUGAAUGUGCUGCAGCACGGAGAGGAAUAUGUUUUAACUUUCCCUAACGGUUACGGCAGAUCUAUCUUCACAAUACCAUGGAUAGAACUGGGAGGAACUGUGACGAUAAAUUGCAUACAAACUGGUUAUCAAGCGACGGUAGAAUUUUUAACAAAACCCUUUUAUGGUGGUAAACGAAAUCGAAUUACGUGUCAAGCUUUCCAAGCGGGAGAUAAAAAGCCAUUUCUUAUUAUAAAUGGGGAAUGGAGCGGGGCGAUGGAAGCGAAGACAUCGGAUGGUAAGAGUGAAAUUUUUGCUGAUGUGAGAGAACUUAAUACGGAGAGAAAACUGGUUAAAACAAUAUGCGAGCAAGAUGAAUGCGAAUCUCGAAGAGUUUGGCGUGAUGUGACAGUUGGCCUACGUAUUAACGACAUGGAUAAAGCUUCGGCGGCAAAAUGCACAAUUGAGCAAAAACAACGAGAAGAAGCGCGGCUUCGAAAAGAGAACAACGCAACGUGGCAGACGAAACUUUUUAAGGAAACCAAAGAUGGUGACUGGGUGUACAUAAGACCUCUUGUAGACAGAAUAUACAGUUCUAGCGAUCAAGCGAAUGUUACUUAACUGUGCAUACAUGCGUGUUAAGUGACAAUUUUAGAUGCAGCACAAUAUUAGAUGAGAAAUCGUGGCCUACUGCCUGUAAGAAUUAUAAUAUCAGGCUUAAUUUAGAAGAUAUGCAACUUUUACUUGAAUGAUUUCCGCAAAUAUUUUUAUGCGCAAUUAUAUGAACCACUCUUAGUUUAAUCGGGAAAGAGGUAACGAAAUAUUAUCACCUAUUUUACUUUUCUUAUUACACGUUUUAAGUCGUUUAAUAAAAAUAUUUUGUCAAUAAUAGAAUAUGAAUUUUUAUGAUAUAAAAUUGUAUCUUCUUUUUUUAUCCUUGAAAUAAUUUCACACGGUCGUAAGCUUUUAUUAUAUCUCCACAUUUGAAAUAUGUGUACGUAUGUGAAGUCUUUUAUAUAUAUAAUGUUUAUUGACGCUGUAAUUUCUUAUGAGAAAAGAAAUUAUAUGUACAAUUUACGCAAACCUGUUAUACAUCAUAGAUUGUAUAGAUUGCAUGCCAUAUAUUGUAUACAAAAAGUUGUUUUACGAUGUCACUAGUGGACGUAAAUGAUAUUCUAAUUAUAGAAUUAAUUAUUUUUGCGCAAUCUCGGAUUUCUCAUUGGCAGAUAUAGAUCUCUAACAUGUAAGGAAUGGCUCGCAUUCCAUAAUUAUAGAUUUCUAAAAUAAACUUAUUACAUUUCCCAUGCACCAAACGAU